AUGUAUAAUUUUAAAAUUUAUUUAGGAGUCCCAGAUGAAUAUAUUACACGUUCUGAUAGAGUUCAGAAAUGGUUUGAGGCGGGUACUAUGAAUAUGGAAUUUAAAUUUCCAGACGAGGAACGAAGUUGCGUUAAUUAA